UAUUGAUUUUUACAGGUUACAGACAGGAACACUCAGUACCAAGGAAUUGUUGAUAAACAAGAAGUGAUAAAUACAAAGAGAAGAGAAGUGCGUUUAAUCUCGUUGAAUAUUAAUUUGUAUUUCAUUUAAAUUUAAUUAUAAACUAAAACAAACCUUUUGAAAAGUUCAGUUUCAUUGUAAUAGCUGGAAAUUAGUACGGUCUUCUUGUUAAGGUGCAUUUACAAACUUUAUCAACAAGGUCUAAACAAUCAUUGAAAAAUCCAUUGAGUUAUGUAGAUUAUUUAUAUAAAUUAUAAGACUAUCUAUUCUGAAAUAUACUUAAAUCAACAUUACUUUAUUCAUUUUUAUAAAAAUGACUAGCUUGAAAAACAUGGCUGAUGUAAAUCCCCUUCCUCCUGGAUGGGAUUGUAAAUUUGAUCAUAUCACAGGAAAGAGGUAUUACAUCAACUAUUUCACCCGUCACACAAGCAUGGAGGACCCAAGAGUUCAAGCUGAAUCCAUUCCAUUACAAGAGUUUUCAUCGAACACGAGGCUUGGUCUUAUGAUGGGAACAAACUCGCUGAAGAGACAGCAAAGUGGAACAGACAGCCAGCAAACGACGAGUACCGAGCAGGCAGUUACCAAGAUCAGUGCCAUGUUUCCCACUGUUACUGAAACACACAUACGGACUCUGCUGCUCAAGUACCACAAUCGGGAGGCUGUGGUGAUCAGUGCUCUGCAAGUGGAGAAGCACCCUCUGACGAUGCCAGGGCCAUACACACCACCUCUAGGGGUCCGUCCACUGCCCGGGGUUGGACUGUAUGCUGUCACUCCCCCUCAUACCCCGCGUAUCAGCCCCUUGCCCCCUCGCCUGGGCUCUGUUGCUGCAGCACCUCGCCCCCACUCAUCCCCCAAGAUGAAGCUGAGGUACCUGAAGAGUGUGUUUCCAGUGGUGGAGGAGACUAUCCUGCUGGAUACUCUGAGCAGCUCAGAUAACAACGUACACCGAGCCACGCAGACACUGAUGACGAUGGGGUUUGACAAGCGAGCAACACCUCCGCCACGAGUGUGUCUACAGCGCCAGACACCUGCUCCCCCACCAUCGCCACCACACACACCCUCGCAUCCCCCACCCAGGAUGAAGAGUGUUGAGGAGAAACAAGACAUGAAGGUGCGGCUGAGAGAGAAGCACCCUGAAAUUGCAGAGCGAGUGGUGUCCAUAGCUCUGGAUAGUGUGGACUUCGACGAGGUCAGGGCGGACCAGAUACUGGGAAUGAUGGAAGAUGACAAACCAGCAGACAGGGACACAGAAUCCAGUGAUGUAGGACAAGAAGAGAUGACAGAGAUUAUAAUUGAAGAACCGUCCCAAGCUCCGUCCCCAGAGUCUGCACCAGAUAGUCCCUCUAAGAGGGAUAAGGAUACAAAUAAGUCAACAGAUACUGUGGAUGGCCGCCGAUAUCGCUCAGCUCUCACCAGACAUGCAGUUGGGCCGAACCCCUCCUUGCGCCAGGGACCCAACCAGGCAUUGUUGCUUGUGACCCUCAGGCCCGACUAUGUGGCGUGGACAGGCAGCAAUACGGGGCUGGCUCGGGGACCCAAUCCCCUCAACCGGGGCUCCCCAGACCCUGCACGAGGACCUGAUCCCAGUCUCCGCAAGGGUCCAAACCGCAGCCUUGCCAAGGGCAGCAUCUACAGCCAAUUAGCUCAGCUCACAUUGGCAGAGUCCAGGGGGAAAUAGCAAUUAUACUUCACUUGGUAAAACAACGGCAGAUGUUCUGGACUGUUCUUGGAGAAUGUUUAAUGACAAUGUCCAGAUCGUGAAGUGUAAACAUUUUAAACUACGUUUAUAAUGUGAUAAGUUGACCAUUUCAGCUCUAAAAAUUAAAUUGUUUUAAAAAUUUUAAAGUGAGGUAGGCCUUACAAAUAAAAAGCAAAUGAUACAAAUAUACUAUCAUGUUCAGGGUGGUAGAAAAGUUGUGUUCUAUUAUAUUGGCUUUUACCUCGCACAUAAAUGGCAAAUAAGAGGCACUUUUCUGCCGAUUUUACUUAUCAUUAUUACAUAUUUGUAACAUAAUAUAUUGUUUCCUUAAUACUCAGUAUUAUGUGAGCCAAAUUGUUAAUAUUGUAAAUUAUAAAGAGAACAAUUUUUGUACAGUAGUGAGAAAACUGAGCAAGCUAAUAUCACAGCUAAUUGCGGUAAUAAAAGGAUGUCUAUUUUCAAACAUAUCUUUAGACCGUAUUAAUUUUCAUUAACCAACAGAAAUGUAAAAGUUUUCUAAACUGCAUGCCAUGUCUUCCAAAUGCUGUACAGUCCGAAUAACAUCAAGGAGUUUUUGUAACCUCGGUUCAAAUUUCAUCCGAUAACAGUGUCUUUUAUCUUUUUAACUUUAAAAGUCUGACUAAGUGUUUAGUACUUAUUUCCAACCAAAAAAGUCUUUACACUACCAUGUGUUUUCAUUUGUUUUGCAACUUGCAGACUAAAUCUUUUGUAAAUCUGCGUAACAAACAUAGUGUCAUGAAAAUGAUUCAAUUAGAUACUGUUAUGUAAUUUUCCACAGUGAAACAUUAAUAUAAUAAUAAAAUUUAAUAACAGAUAGAGUUUUCUUAUUGCUCCAAAAUGUUUUUUGUCUUGAAUCCUACCAUUCAGUUUUGAAACAAUGUCCACAUAUCAUUAUUUUAAAGAGAAAUAUGAAUUAUGUAAAUAUCCACUGUUGGA